AUGUUGGACAUGUCGGAAAGUUAUGGUAACCCAAGAAACCGAAAGAAUGUCAUUACAAAUCGACAUCAUUUUGAGGUUGACAUUUUUAAUGAGGUUUUAGACAUGCAAAUUCAAGAAUUAGGAAGUCGAUUUAGUGAGGUAACAACUACUUUGAUAAAAAAUAUGUCGGGUUUAAAUCCUUCUAACGGUUUUUCUAAGUUUGAUCCAUCGAAGAUAUUGGCGUUUGCUAAGAUGUACCCGGAUGAUUUUACUACACAAGAAAUAGGGACUCUUUUGGGUGAUAUUGAGUCAUUUCGUCACACAAUAAGCGAUGAUGAUAACUUUGACAACUUGAAUGGAAUAAGUGAUCUUGCGCGUCUUAUGGUUGAAACGGGAACGCAUAUUUCUUGUCCUAUAGUUUAUCGGGUUGUACAAUUGACAAUUGACGUUGGUGGCUUGAUGCUAGUGGUUGUGGGUGCUUAA